AUGACGACCAGCGCUGAGCGGGCAUACAUGGAGGACGCUGAUGACGAUGGAAAUCCUAUCGACGACACGAGGACAUAUGUCUCCGUAGUACCGCCUGGCAUCAAAGAGGCAGCCAACGUCUCGCGGACGAGGAACCGAACCCUGACCAGGGGGUCGUCGUCGUCGCCAAACCCAACCCACCUCCAUACCGACUCCGACUCUACCGCCCAGCCUCGCAGCCCACUCAGGCAGGACUCCAGGAAGCCCAAGACCAAAUCUCGGGACAAGGAAAGGCCGUCGGGCAAGAAAACGGUCACACAUGCUCCUGUCAGGCCCACUGCGAAGUCGUCCAAGACCCUGCCCAACCUUCACACGACUGCAACGAGAAGGUCGCAGGAGCAGUCCAGCUUCUACGGCAUCAGUCCUACUGCCACUAGCCCAAUCCUUACUCCUGCCGCCACCUCGUCACGGCCGAGGGCAUACACGGCAAAUCAACGGCCAAACAGCUAUUAUGGUACACCGUCGAAGCCGCCGCCGUCCAACGCAAGGUUCUGGCAACACCCCAAUCCCGUCCUGGGUACAUCCUUUCCUCCUCAGGCGCCCUACCCACCACCAAGUGCCCCACAGUUUCAUUCUCCCUUCCCGCCGCCGCAGCAGCAGCAGCACUUUGCUCAGCCGCCAGUAGACUACCUCACCAGCCAGGAUGCUCUCGCAGCCCGCUUCGACCCGCUUCGGCCGCGGUCAGCCAUGGGACGCCAUGGCAUCGAGUACAGCCCGGAGUACGAUGACCAUGAGGAAGGCGGCGUUCUCAUACGGCGGCCGUCCCUGACCAGGAGAAGAUCUACGAGGCAAGACCCGGACCGCAUUCGCAUGCCUCCCCCACCGCGGCCCAGCACAAUGCGCCCACAGUUAACAUCGUCUUUUGCACCCCCGGCUCUGAAGAGGCAAUCGAUUGGAUCCGUCGGGUCAUUGUACGAUGACGAGUCUCUCGAUGAAGACUCUCUCUAUAGUGGUACAUCCCCCGCCGAGCGAUAUCCUCGCCGAGCCCGUCGUCCGAGCAUCGACUCCACCACGAGGUACGACACAGGGCACGGCUAUGCUGAGGUGGCGGGCAGGAUAAGUCGACGAAACUCUCAUUACGGAGCGCGCAGGCGAUCGACAGAGCGAGACGUCGAGGACAAAGUCAAGGCGGCGCAAAAGUACCAGGAGGAUGUGGACGGCCCAACGAACAGCCUGACAGCCGAUACUCUUCGGCGAAUCAAUAAGACCCCAAGCAAGGGCACCAAAAGCUCGGGCAGCAAGGGCGAAAGCGGCUACGGGCGUUCCGCGGCCUCGAGGAACAGCAUGGACCCGGACGACAUGACUAUCUUCGUCAAGGGCAUGGGGUCCCUGACCAUAGGCAACGCGCAGCUGGACAUCAAAGACGGCGCCGAGAUCGCCAUCCGCACCAACGGGAGCGAGAGGAACUCGCGCGGCGGCAGUGACAAUGCCUCAACGGCGUACGUCGACGACAGUCGUACGACGAGGUUCGAGCGGCCCCAGGCACGCAUCCGCGCGAGCUCGCGGGCAGGGUCGCACUCGCGGGGCUUCGCGCACCACGCACCGCCGGCUCCUCAUCCUCCCCCACCCGCGCCCCAUCCACAAGUGGACUACUACGGGAACCCAGCGCACGUGGACAGCGACGGCAUACAUCAUGACGCACACGAUAAGAACGAUGAUGAUGAUGAUGACGACGACGACGACGACGACGACGACGAUGCAAGAUUGAUGACGACCACCGGGAUGAUGCAUGAUUUGGCUUUUGCUGUUUAG